GCUCCGUCUCCGUGCAAAACGGUGCCACCGCGCCCCACCAGCAGCGGCACGCAGGUGCCAUCAAGCAAGGCGCCAGUGGCUGUGGGAAAGCCUGCUCCUUUGCCCCCCAAGCAGGUGCCCCGAAAUCUCUGGCGCAUGGCGCGAAAUCCUGUCGCUGCCCGCGCCGUGCAGCCUACAUUGGAAGCGAAAAGGCUAAGAAGGCAGCAGCUGCAGCAACGAGGCUUGGAAGAGAGACGACACAAGGAGAAGUCCCAACGGCAGGCCCAGCAGAAGAUCGACAACGGUGAUGGAAAGCAGCACAAUGGCUGGGCAGAAUGGAAGGAGAAGGACUGGAAGGACCGGAGAAAAGCGGACAGGUGGAGGGACUGGAAAGACUGGGUGGUGAAAGAGGAGGAGCAAACGCGCAGCCAAGAAAAUUGGAAGAGUUGGAAAGAGUGGGCAGACCGAGACCAGGAGGAGGACAACGAGCAGAAGAAGAGUGAAGAGACCAGCGAUGCGCAGGAGAAGUGGCCCGGAAACCCCAGGAAGAAGAUAGAGGAGGACGGGCAGCAGAAGUCUGGUGUCAAGCGGCAGCCGCCCUCCGCGCCACGGACCGGCUCAAGGAUGCCACAGCCGCAGCGGCCGAAGUGUCUGCCGAAGCCGAAGACAAAGGUGGAGCCGAGGUCACGCUCGACCGCAGAGGAGCCUGACUCUGUUUGGGGUCUCCUGGAGGUUCCCCAAGAGGCGGAAGCCGAGGAGGAGCCGGCUGGGGAUGAGGCCGAGCUCGAGCAGCAGCGCCAGAAGGUCAAGGAAGAGCAGGCUGUUCACCAAGACCCUGCAGAGGUCAAGGAGGAAGCGGAGGAACGACCGCUCGAGGAGAAGCAGGAAAAGCGAGAAGAGGUAAAGGAGGCCGCGGAGGCUGCCGAGAAGUCGACCGAGCCAGUUUCCGCCAAGGAGGAGAUCAGCAAAGAAGAGCCAACAACGGAGAGGUUAGCCGAAGAAGCCCGGUGUCAGGAGGAGAUGGAGAAGAAAGUGCAAGCUAUGUCGAAGCCCGGGGAUUCAUCGUGGUCCAAGGAGGAGGACAUGGACGACUGGGGGGACUGGACUGAGGAAGGCUUCUCUGGCAGACCCGCCGCCAAGGAAAGCGUCCCAGAGGGCUUCACAGACCUUGAUUGGCGGUGUCGGCUCUGCAACACGAUUAACAACGCUGAUCGCAGCACCUGCAGUGGUUGUGGUGCUGUCCGGUUUGCGGGAGUUGAUCGGUCUAGGCCGCUUGAGGAGCAGUUCAAGCCGCUUCGGGAGGAGAGCGAAAGCCCGCGAAGGCCACGCUGGAGCCAUCCACCGGACCUUUGGUUAGCCAGGGUCCGGAACAUCCCGGAGACCUACGACGAGACAAUGGUCCGAGAAUUGCUGAACGGGUACGGCUUGCCGAAGGACCAGUCGAUGAAGCUUACUCGGCCAACUCCUGGCGAUAUCCCGAAGACCACCUCCGUCAUCCUACGGUUCGACCAAGAGCAGGCAUCCCGGGAUGCCGCGGAUGCUCUCCAAGGCCGUGCUGUAUCCGACGGCUACGACCAGAUUUUCCAUCUAGAGGUGGAGCUGCGUGCCAGCCACACCCGUCACGUCAAGGUGCUGCCCACGGUCUAUGUGUCCGACAUCCCUAUCGAGUGGAACGACCAGGACCUUUACCGCCUGCAUGACGAGAACGGCCUGGACUCCAGCACCAUCGCUGGCACGAAGUGGCAGGCGUCCAAGAGGAACCUGACCAGGCUCUGCUUCGUUCGCUAUCAUGCCGAUGAGGACGCCCAUGCAGCCGUUCAGCGGCUGAACAUGGUCACGGUGGAUUCGGCGUCAGAGAAGAGGAAGCGCCAGCUGGCAUUCAAGAUUGCAAAUCCGGCCUCGUGGCACAAGCAGAAUUUGGAGAAAGCUGAACGCGAGAAGGCCUGGAAUAGCGAGGACCGGCAGGCUGAGGGAAGCAAGGACAGUGCUACACGCGAGGCUCACGGCCUUCCCGAGGGCUAUGCCCGGCAGAGGGGCUUCCAGUUGUCCCUGGGUCAAGCAGCUGAAGUCUCUGGAGGAAGAGAAGAACCACGUCUUGCCAGGUGUCGUCAAGUUCUGGAACAACGACAGAGGCUGGGGAAUUCUCCAGACGCUGGUGUCGGUGGACGGGAGAGGCGGUGA